GCGCUGUUAUUGAAUUCGAAUUUAAUACUAUAUGUUGACAAAAUGUUGGCCUAAGCAGCUUAAAAUAAUUUAUAUUUAAGCCUUUCUCAUCCAGAUUCGUUACGGUUCGAAUUUUAGUAGCUUGCUUUCCAAGGGUGUGCUUUGAUCAAAACGUAGCCAACACUAUUGACGUGAAGCAUUUAUAAAUUCAAUAUUUUUCGUUUCUACAAAAAAAAAACUGUGAUUCCCGGACUCUAUCGUUUGCUGUUCAGGGGACUAACGCCGCUUCGUGAUUCGUGUGCCAUCUCUAAUAAAAUUGCAACAUGUCCUUCUCCACUGAACCCAUAGAUAACAAGUCAGCCGUAUCCGCUCUGCAGGAGUUUUGUGCCAAGACAAAGAACAUUCCACCAUCAUAUGAAUAUAUUGACGGCGAAGACGGCGGGUACGUCUGUAAAGUAGAUCUGAUGGAGGUAGAGGCCUACGGAAAUGGGCGUUCGAAGCGCGAUGCCAAACACCUGGCCGCCGUCAAUAUCCUGCGUAAAAUCCGAAAGCUGCCCGGCGUAGACCAAAUUUUGCAGGAUUGGGAAACCAACAAGGUUGGUGAUCCCGGUGAGGAACUGAUCAACUUGAACCGGGACAUGCUGAAGGAGCUGCGAGACUACUGCGUCCGCCACGAGAUGCCACUGCCCACCAUUGAGAUAGUGCAGCAAAGCGGCACCCCAAACGCCCCGGAAUUCGUGGCCUGUUGCUCCGUGGCUUCCAUAGUUCGCUACGGAAAGUCGGACAAAAAGAAGGAUGCCCGACAGCGUGCGGCCAUCGAAAUGCUAGCCCUAAUUUCCAGCGAAGCGGACAAUUUGCGUCCGGAUCAAAUGCAAGUUGCGAGCACCAAGAAAUCGGAAGGUCUGGCUGUGGAAGAAACGCUGGAGGAAUUGGAGGUGUUGCGCAGGAAGAAGUUCAACACAUACAGGGAGCUCACAGAGGCCGGAAGCGUGGACCAUACGGGCCUGCGCCUCUGCGACCGGCACAACUACUUCAAGAAUUUCUAUCCUGCCCUGAAGGAGGCGGCCCUUGAGGCCAUCAAUUCAGAUGAAUUCAUGACCUCCAAGGAUAAGGCUUUGAGCGUGAUGAGCGCUUUAAAGAUAACACCCUCAAUCAGUACACUGGAGUCUUCAUCGAUGGUGCCCCUGCUCUGCGUCGAGCUUAAUUGUGAUUUCGACGUGGUCUUUGCAGCGCUUGAGACUAAUAUCUACGACCAAAUAAUAGACUAUUUCCGCACCAUGUUGAUCUAAUGCGUAGUAUCCAAAA